CCGAGUCAUAUUCAAUUUCAUGUUUUCAUGCAUAACACUCUCUCAAUUCCAUCUCUCUUGAUCUAUUCUUAAAAUCAACAACACCACCACGAAGAAGAAGAAUUAUUUGCGAAAUAAAUCAAAUCAUCAUCUCUCGUAGUCAUUGAGAUGAAAGAGACUCAAGUAUCAACACAUUCAUCUUACAGUUCUGCAUCACUUGAUUUAGACAUAGAAAAAUUCAAGGGGGACUUUUCAUACGAUGCUUUAUUUGCGAAACUAGUGAAUGGGUUGCUGCCAUCUUUCGUAGAAGAAGAGGCUGACUCAGUGGACGGACCGAUUAAUAUUAGUAUAAGUGAUGUUUCGUCAACUGCAAAAGGGUUGUUAGGUCCGGUAUUUCCUGAAGUAGACACUUUAUUGUUAAUCUUUAAGGAUUCUUGCACACAGUUAGUCGAACUUCGGAAACAGAUUGAUGGAAAACUACAAAAGCUUAAAAAGGAUGUUGUUUCACAAGACAAAAAGCAUAGGAAGACACUUGGUGAGCUAGAGAAGCGUUUAGAUGGAAUAUUUAGUAGUUUUGCGAGACUGGACUCACGUAUCUCAAGCGUUGGACAAACAGCUGCCAAGAUUGGGGAUCAUUUGCAGAGUGCAGACUCACAACGCGAGACUGCCAACCAGACUAUGGAGCUCAUAAAGUAUCUCAUGGAGUUCAACAGUAGCCAGGGCGAGGACAAUAUGAUGCAGCUUUCCUCACUAUUCUCCGAUGACAAGCGUGUAGGAGAGGCUGCUUCUAUCGCACAAAAAUUGCGUUCGCUUGCGGAGGAAGAUAUUGGAAGGCACGCGACAACUGUUCCGGGAAAUGCAGGUGCUAGUAAAGGACUCGAGGUUGCAAUUACUAACCUGCAAGAAUACUGCAAUGAACUGGAGAACAAGUUGUUGUCUCGAUUUGAUUCCGCAUCUCAAAGAAGAGAAUUGACGAAUAUGGCAGAGUGUGCAAAAAUCCUUUCACAGUUUAACAGAGGCACCAGUGCCAUGCAACACUAUGUCGGUUUACGGCCAAUGUUUGAUGUAGAGGUGAUGAAUGAAGACUCUAGGUCGGUUCUCGGCGACCAAGAUUCCACACCUAACCAUGAUGAUGUCAACGUUGCACUAUCAGAACGGUACAAACAAAUAACGGAUACUGUCCGAAAAGAAUCAUCCACCAUCAGGACUGUAUUCCCUUGUCCCAAUGAUGUCAUGUCAAUAUUGGUUCAGAGAGUUAUGGAGGACCGUAUCCCAAACCUUCUAGAGAAGCUAUUGGUAAAACCGUCUCUCGUUAAUCCCCCUCCUAUGAGACAAGGUGGAUUAUUGCUAUAUCUUAGAAGGCUUGCGGUGGGAUAUGAGAGGACGCAGGAACUUGCCAAAAAUCUCCGCGAUGUGGGAUGUGGUGACUUGGAUGUUGAAGGCCUAACGGAAGCUCUGUUUACCGAGCACAAAGGUAUCUAUCUUGAGUGUGAACGAGCAUCUAUGAGACAACUUUACAAAGCAAAGAUGGAGGAACUGCUUGCUGAGGGCCAGCUGUCAUCCAAAGGAGCUUCAAUAUCUGUUACAGUGGUACAAGAGUUUGUGAGUUGGAAUGAAGAAGCGAUUUCGCGAUGCCAAUUAUUUUCACCUCAGCCUGCUAAUCUUGCUGCCAUUGCCAAACAUGUGUUUACUUGUCUUCUAGACCAAGUCAGGCAAUAUACGACAGAAGGGCUUGAGAGAGCUAGAGAGGGCCUCAGGGAAGCCGCUUCUCAGAGGGAACGGUUUGUGUUGGGUCGAAAAGUGGCUUCCGGCCCUGCUUCCACGACAGAAGGUGCAGCUACCGCCGGUGAAACUAGUUUUAGAUCUUUCAUGCUUGCUUUACAAGGUUGUGGAAGCAGUGUGGCGAUGAUUCAGCAAUACUUUGUGAAAUCUAUUUCAAGGCUUCUAUUACCAGUGGAUGGUGCACACGCUGCUUCUUGUGAGGAGAUGUCCUCAGCUAUGUCCGGUGCAGAGAGUUCCGCAAUUAAAGGCCUUCAACAAUGCAUUGAUAUAGUUAUUGUUGAGGUGGAACGGUUGCUUUCAGCUGAGCAAAAGGCAACCGACUUUAGGUCAGCAGACGAUGGCCUCAUGGCAGAUCCUCGGCCUACAACUGCAUGUUCAAGAGUUGUAGCAUAUCUCUCUCGUGUGCUUGAGUCAGCAUUCACUGCACUAGAAGGUCUUAACAAACAAUCUUUCCUAAAUGAAUUGGGAAACCGUUUGCACAAGACACUGACUAACCACUGGUUGAAGUUCGCUUUUAAUGCCAGUGGAGGACUGAAACUUAAACGUGACAUCACCGAGUAUGGGGAUUUUUUGCGGAACUUCAAUGCCCCUACAAUUGAUGAAAAAUUUGAAUCGUUAAGCAUCAUGGCCAAUAUAUUUAUUGUUGCCCCUGAAAGCUUGUCAAGUCUGAUUGAGGGCACCCCCAGCAUUAAAAAAGAGGCCCAAAGGUUCGUGCAACUCCGAGACGACUACAGAAGUGCAAGACUCGCAUCCAAGCUCAGUUCGGUCUGGGCUUAGCCCAAACAAUGCACAUUAUGAUUUGUCUUUUAUGGUUUUUUUUCAUAUUCAUAUCUGGUUUUUAAUCCAUCAAUGCACAUUAUGACUUGCCUGCAGGAUCCUAAUUUAACCUUUUGAGUUGUUUAUUGCCUCUUGUAGCCCUUCAGAUGGCCUUUUUCUAUAAAUUAAGGGGUGUUUGAUUGAA